AUGUUAAUUAAUUCUUUUCACGGAAUUCUGUGUGUGUAUGGGAAUUUCAAGCAACUGUGCAACUCAGAAAUGGGGUUCGUAUUGAAGCUUCCUGUACGAUUUUUGACUUCACUUGGCGGUUCAUUGAAAGCUUCAUCUUUGAAGGCUGCAGUGUCUACAAAAUAUCUUGUCGCGUCACCAACUUUCUCUCAGUUCAAUUAUGCUAUCAGUAGACAGUUUUCUAAUACCCCAUCAGACAAUUCUGUAAACAAUGUUUCUGAUUUAGUAAAAGGAAGUCGUAUUGUGCUUUUUAUGAAAGGGAAUCCCAAUGAACCACGAUGUGGUUUCAGCAAUGCUGUUUGUCGUAUCCUAGAAAUGCAUGGAAUUCUAGAAAAAGCAAGUAAAGGAGAUGAUCCAGAUCUGUUCGCAUCGUAUGAUGUCUUAGAAAAUGAAGACCUACGAGCUGCUGCUAAAGUGUUUGCUGACUGGCCCACUUUCCCUCAGUUAUAUUUUGACGGUGAAUUUAUUGGUGGUUGCGAUAUUCUUUUAGAUAUGCAUCGUUCCGGGAAACUGACGGAAGAAUUAGAACGUCUCGGUAUUGGGUCUGCUUUAGCUGAAGUAUCAGACAAAGAGAAAACAUGA